GUCACAUAGUUACCACCAAACACCGUAAUGGCGUCGCAGCAACCAAAGUCGGUCGUUCGUGCGAGACGCUGGGAUAAAGAAGUUGAAGAAGCCUAUAGGUUUCAACUUGCUGGAUUUCGUGACGAGAAAGAGUAUCUAGAUUUCUUUCCGGGCACGAAGGUAGAUCGUUGGCCAGAUGGUGAAAAAUUCGUAAAGAAAUUAAAACGCAGAGAUGGCUAUUUUUACUACUAUAACAGAUGUCGUGAAUGCAAUGACCGUGACGUGCAUAGGACAAAGAUAUAUGGAUACUAGUGGAAGAACGUCUAUCGAUCUCUACAAUCUUAUGUUAACCACAUUUGGAACAGUCCAAGUUUUAAACGUCAUUUUUGCGUCUUAAACAAUGUGUCAGUUUGUGAACUGUAUAGUUUGGAGUAUGAAGUAGUUGUCAGUAGUUAGAGCUGCUGUACAGAUUGCACCAGUUGUUGAAAUUAGCUUAAAGAGCUAGUUGUGUGAGAAAAUAAAUGGACAUGUGUUACAUGCGUUGAUAUAUGCUUA